GUCAGGCUUGCACAGAUAGAAAACAAACACGCAUCGUUAGUCAUUCGUUCACCGGCAGCCGACGCAGGCGCACGCGUCAUUUGAAAAAAGAACUUCCAUGUGUACAUAGCCAUGUUUGCGUACGCUUUGUUUGUGUUGCUAGUUGCGUACGCGCAUGGUUUGCAAGUGAGCACUAUUGAAGGUACCGUGGAAGGCGGGAAGGCGUCAGAUGGAGAUUAUUAUGCUUUCUACGGUAUACCCUACGCUGGGUGGACGACAGGUCGAAGCCGGUUUAAGGCGCCUGUUCUACCUUCGUGGUAUCCAGGAGUCUUCCCCGCCACUGAGAACACCGUGAUCUGCGCACAGCCAACAACCAGAGGUCUCGUCGGGUCAGAAAACUGCCUCACAGUUAACGUUUUCACGAAAAAUGUUACAAAUCCCAAACCAGUCAUCGUUUGGAUCAACGCUGAAGAGUACACCAAUACGAACACUGAAGUAUUCUCAUAUCGAAGAUUAGUCGAAAAUAAUGUUGUUUUCGUGUCUAUGAACUUUAGACUUUCGAUUUUCGGAUUCCUAUGCUUGAACGUUCAAGAGGCACCGGGUAACGCCGGUUUGAAAGACAUCAUUCAAGGUCUGAAAUGGGUCAAGGACAAUAUUGGCAACUUUGGAGGGGACCCUAAGAACGUUAUUCUAAUGGGUCACGCAUCUGGAGCAGCGAUGGUGGACUUGAUAACGCUUUCACCUCAAAGUGAAGGUCUCGUGCAUAAAGCUAUAAUUCUGAGUGGUUCGAGUCUGGCUUGGGCAGUGUCUUAUGACCCUAUUCAGUCUGCCCAGUUAGUGGGAGAUAAACUUGGUUACGGAGGCAAGGCAAGAGAUGACCUAGCAAAACAUCUAGUCAAAACCGAUAUUAACCUUCUAAAUACGGCCUUGGACGAUUUCAAAUAUUUCAAUAACACACCACAAUUUGCGCCAUGUAUUGAGGACCCCAAAAUAAAUCCUAACUUCACAGUCCUUUCUGACGCUCCUAUCAAUAUUCUGAGAUCUGGAAAAUACCCUCAAAUCCCCGUUAUAUACGGAUAUACAAACAGGGAAGGAACAAUGAGAGCAGCGCAAGCAGACUAUGGCAACUGGUUGAACUACAUGCAGACAAACUUCACCAAUUUCCUUCAAGUGGAUAUGGACUUCGGUAAAAAUAGAACAGCUGUAGCGGCGGCCAUCCGUGAUCACUACUUCGCUAGCAAGGCGAUCAGUAUGGAAACUAUUGAAGACUUCCUAGAUUAUGAAGGAGACACUCUAGUUCUCGUGUCUGUAAUCAAGGCAGCUAAGGAAAGGGCUUUAACCUCUAAGAGUGAGGUCAGAUUGUUGGAGUUCAGUUAUUUGGGCACCAUGAACUCUCACUGGGUGCACAAUCAGAUUCCUUUGAGUGGAGCCAAACACGGAGCCUUCCUCAACUUUUUGUUUGGUUAUGAUCUACGUCCCGUUGAUGAGGCUGUCAGCAAUUCGAUCGUGAAGCGCUUCGUUGACUUCGCAUACAACUGGAACAACACGACUGCCAGUGCGGGUAACAUCGUCAACGUCAAUUUAGUCAACUCAACAGCAACUGUCAAUUCCACCAGUACCAACACAACAGCCAACAUUGCUGGGACCAAUGUGACCUCUUCUGCAGCAAUGACUAAUGGAACUUCUAUUACCAAUGGCACUACUGUUGCCAAUAAUACAAAUAAUGCCAUCCCUGUAACUAAAGGCAAUGAUUGGCCACCAGUCAGACCGAACCUUACCAACUACCUCUUCUAUGGAGGUAAUGGGGCUCCUACUAUUAACAAUGGUUUUAUCUACGUUGAAGAGGCGAGAUUUAACCCUCAUGUGCAAAGAAUGUCUUUCUGGGACAAUCUUUAUGCUAAGUAUUAUGUUGCUCCUACUUUAGCUAGUUCUUCUAGUGUUACAAUUAGUUGUUUUAUAUCUGUUGUCCUUUGUCAGUUAGUUAUGCUUUUGUUUUAAUUAUUGGAGAAUUGGUCACCAAUGUUGGUGACAAAUGUUUUUGUUUUUAAUGUUAUGAAGGUUCUACUUUUAACGAGAAUACUUAGGUAAUGGAUGCUAUUAUCACCAAUAGUUAACCAGUCCUCUGUAUUUAUGAGUAUUAUGUCAGUUCUUUUAUUUGUGUAAAGAAUCACAUCGAAUUUGCAUACUGUAAAGAAUCAAUUAGAGUAGGUGGUGUCGACAUAAAUGUACAAUAUUAUACAUACAGUAUUUUAAUAAAAAUGUGAACGUACCUUUUCAGUUUAGGGCAUUUAAGAACGAUAAAAUGAGACAUUUUAUAAUGAUCUUGAAAUAUCCAAUAGAGUGCAAUUUAAGGUCCCGAGAAUGCAAUAGGUGAAGCAAUUUUAUAUAGUUUUAAAACUAAACGCCAUAUCUACAGUAUUUUAUUUAGAUUAUUUUUUAUUUAUAAGACUUUUGAUGCAUUUUUGUGAUGGUAAUUAAAUAUACAUAUUAAGAGAGAUAAUGCGUCUACGUGAUAAUGACUUAUUAAUGAUAAUUGAGUAUUUACCAAUUUAGAUAUUUUAUUGAAGAUAUUAGAAACAAAUUAAAUUGUUAUUUAGUAGCGAUUAAUGUUGAGUUAUUACAGCCAUAAGACUGGGUACACCGUCCUAUUGGUAUUUGUCUGAAGAUUAUAUAAUUUUAUGAAGGAAAUCCAUCAAUCCCUAUAUAUUAAAUUUUAUGUUAUGAUAGACUAUCUUUACGAUAAAAGGUCGAAUGUAACUUUAAUUCUUACACACAAACAAAAAAUAUCAAUGAAACAACUUCU